AUGUCGUUACUGGGGCGACUUCUCCCUCUGUGUUUACUAAGUUUGUGUGGGUGCAUGUGCCAGGACCAUGAUGAUCCUCCACCGGCCAUGUUUCUUGCAGGUCCUCUGAUCAACAAUGGAGAACCCUCCAAAGGAGCAGACCCUUUUGACUGCAGUCAUCCCAUUCCUCCAGGAUCAUGGCAGUACUUUGAGUCCCUCCAGAGCAGAGGGGUGACCCACUUCAAAGUCCCGCUGUCAUGGGCUCAUCUUCUACCUACAGGCCGGUCCAGUCAGCCCCAGCAGGCUGUGGUCGCCUGUUACCAGACCCUCCUGAAACAGCUGCUGGACGUGGGCCUCCAGCCUCUGGUCGUCCUUCAUGGAUCCACAGUGCCAGAAGCUCUGAGAUCAACGUACGGAGGCUGGGAGAGCCAGGAGCUGAGAGAGAUGUUCCAACAGUACGCUGAGUUUGUGUUCAGAGAGUUUGGACAGCUGUCAGACUCCUGGGUGACACUGAGCAGCCUGGAUGAGCUGAGGGAUGCUGAGCUGCAAAACGCUCUUGAUGCACACUCCAGCGUCUACCGCCGUUACCACCAGCUGUUUCCUGGGAAAGAUGGAGGAGUAUCAGUUGGUGUGAAGGCCAGAAACGUCCCAGUCAUCUGUGACACUCAGCUACUGAAAAACACAGAUUUCCUCUCUGUUAAAAUUCAAUAUGACUGCACCAAUGGAAAAAUCCUGGCGGAGGAACUGCAAAAUGUUUUGGCAAAGUGUGGAGAGAAACCCAUUCUCUUUUAUGAGGUGAACAUCAAUGACUGUGCCCCUUCUGAGUUCCUGUCAGAUACCAAAGUCUCAAAAGCACUGAGCAGUGGAGACCACAAUGUUCUUGGAUUCGACAUGGAAAAUAUGUUCGCUCCAGAUGACACUAUUCCCAAAAGUCAUUCACACCAAAGUGACAAAAACAGAAAUGGUCUUCAAACAUCAUGUUUAACAACCUACUGCAAAACCUGGAGCAAUUUUGCAACCAUGACCUCAUCUGAGCGAGAUACAUUCUUGAAUGAAUCCUUUCCUAUUGGCUUCCAGUGGGCCACCUCCACUGAGUCCUUCAAGGCUGAAGGAGCCUGGUUAGAAGGUGGGAAGGGAGAGACCAUCUGGGACCGUUUUGGUCAUGAAAACAAGGUUUUUGACAAUCAAACAGCCGAUUUAGCUUGUGACAGUUACCACAAGGUGGAUUAUGAUCUCUAUCUGCUGCGAGGUCUUCAUGUCAACACCUACCAGUUUUCUAUCUCCUGGGCCCGUAUUUUCCCCUCAGGCUACAGAGACAGCCAUUCAGAGAAAGGGGCUCUGUACUAUGACGAUCUGAUCGAUGCCCUCAUUGAGUCUGGCAUACAACCUGUUGUCACUCUCUACCACUGGGACCUGCCCCAGGCACUCCAGGACAAAGGUGGAUGGACCAGCGCUUUCAUUGUUGAGGCCUUCAAGGACUAUGCAGACUUCUGCUUCUCCAGGUUUGGAGACAAGGUCAAGACCUGGAACACAUUCAGCAGCCCCUGGGUGGUGAGCCAUGCUGGGUAUGGCACUGGUGAGCAUCCCCCUGAAGUAAAAGACUAUGUGGUUGCCUCCUAUCAGGCCACUCACAAUAUGCUGAAGGCCCAUGCUGAGGCCUGGCAUGUCUACAAUGACAAGUACAGGAAGACACAGGGAGGGGAAGUAGGCAUUGCGCUGAACUCAGACUGGGCUGAUCCCAACGACCCCUCCAGACCUGAAGACAUAGCAGCUUCAGAUCGCUACCUGCAGUUCAUGCUGGGCUGGUUUGCACAUCCUAUAUUUGUGGACGGUGAUUAUCCUGCAACACUCAAGAAUCAGAUAGAGCAGAAAAAAAACAAGUGCCCCCUCUCUGUGCCCGCAAACCUUCCCGUUUUUACUCCAGAAGAGCGACAGAGGAUAAAAGGAACAGCAGACUUUUUUGGAUUAAACCACUAUACCUCCCGGUUGGUCAAAAGCAGUGAUGGUGGCUGCACCCCUGGUCCUCAGGGGGUAGGUGACUUCCAGGCACACGCUGACCCUUCAUGGCCCUCGACUGCUUCUGACUGGAUCUAUUCUGCACCUUGGGGUCUCCGGCAGCUUCUAAACUACAUUUCAACAGAGUACUUGACUGUUACCAAAGUGCCUAUCCAUAUAACUGGUAAUGGUAUGCCGACUGAGUACAAUGGGGACACUCUCAAUGAUACCCAACGAGUAGAGUACCUGAAGGGCUACAUCAAUGAGGCCCUGAAAGCAAUCAUUGAAGAUGGAGUGCAUCUGCAGCGAUUCACAGUGCAGUCACUCAUGGAUGGAUUUGAGGGACAACAAGGCUACAGCCAAAGGUUUGGUCUCCACCAUGUCAACUUUGAAGAUCCAAUGAGAUCUAGAACCCCCAAGCAAUCGGCAUAUUUCUACGCUCAGGUUAUCAAACAAAAUGGAUUUGGUUCAAACAAAGUUCCUGUCUUUAGAGGAGAAGAGAUGCAACUUACCCGCCGUCUAACUGCUUCAUCACCUUCAGAGGUUCCAUCUAAAUCCAAGGUUGUCUGGGAGAAAUUCUCACACCAGUCAAAGUUCCAGAGAAAAAUGUUCCACUAUGGCACUUUCGAGCAAGAUUUCAGUUGGGGAGUAUCAUCUUCUGCUUACCAGAUUGAAGGAGCCUGGAACACUGAUGGGAAGGGGCCCAGCGUCUGGGAUACAUUCACCCAAAAACCUGGUAGUAUUCCUGCUAAUGCAAAUGGAGAUGUGGCCUGUGACAGCUAUAACAGACUUGCAGAAGACCUCUACAUGCUUCGAGCGCUGAAGGUAAAGUCAUACAGAUUCUCUUUGUCCUGGUCCAGGAUCUUUCCUAACGGUCGGUGUGCCUCCCUGAACCAGAAAGGUGUUGACUACUACAACAGACUCAUUGAUGGCCUCAUGCGGUACAAUAUCACUCCCAUGGUGACACUCUACCAUUGGGACCUCCCUCAAGCUUUGCAAGACCUUGGUGGCUGGGACAAUUUAGACAUGAUUAACAUUUUUAAUGAGUUUUGUGACUUUUGCUUUGCCACCUUUGGAGACCGAGUGAAAUUUUGGAUGACCUUCAACCAGCCUCAAACAAUCGUCUGGUCAGGAUAUGGACUUGGAAAGAUCCCACCAAAUGUUAAGAAUCCAGGAGUAGCACCGUAUAGAGUUGCACACAACCUUAUAAAAGCACACGCCAAGGUUUACCACACAUAUGAUGAUAAGUAUCGCAAAACCCAAGGAGGUCUAGUAUCCAUUGGCCUCAAUGCUGAUUGGGUUGAACCUGAAGAUGUUAAUGUUCCCCGUGAAGUGGUGGCUGCUGACCGCGCUCUGCAGUUUCAACUGGGUUGGUUUGCACACCCCAUUUUCAAGACUGGUGACUAUCCUGAUGCAAUGAAGUGGCAAGUUGGAAACAAAAGUGAGCUACAAGGUCUUCCUGGGACAAGACUCCCCUCCUUUACCGAAGAAGAAAAGAACUUCAUCAAGGGAACUGCUGAUGUGUUCUGUGUAAAUCAUUAUACUACAAAGAUAGUUGGCCAUGUUGCAGCUUGGCUAAGCCCUCCAUCUUAUGAAUCUGACCGGGACGUGACAGAAACGGAGGAACCAAAUUCACCUACUACUGCCAUCGGUGGGCAGAGAGCUGUAGAAUGGGGAUUGAGAAGACUCCUUAACUGGAUCAAAGAAGAAUAUGGAGAUCCAGAGAUUUACAUUACUGAGAACGGAGUAGCCACAGACGACAAUGUUGAUGACACAGAAAGAGUAUUUUACUACAAAACCUAUAUUGAUGAGGCUUUGAAGGCUCAUAAUCUUGAUGGUGUGAAGGUGAAAGGAUACAUCGCAACAUCUCUCAUGGACUCAUUUGAGUGGCUCAGUGGUUACACAGUAAACUUUGGGCUGCACUAUGUCAACUUUGAAGACCCAAACAGGCCGAGGACACCCAAGCGUUCCGCUCUCUAUUAUCACCAAAUCAUGAAGGACAACGGCUUCCCAUUACCAGAUGAUGAGAAGGUACUUUAUGGACAGUUUCCGGAAGCCUUUAAUUGGAGUACUGCCAGUGCCGCUUUCCAGAUUGAAGGGGGCUGGAGAGCUGACGGAAAGGGGCUGAGCAUCUGGGACCAGUUUUCCCACACCCCCGACAAGACGUAUGACGGUCACAAUGGUGAUAUUGCUUGCAACAGUUACAACAAGAUUGACGAGGAUGUGGAGGUGCUGAAGAAGCUGAAGGUGACCCACUAUCGCUUGUCUGUAUCCUGGCCCAGAGUGCUUCCUGAUGGCACCAACAACAACAUCAAUGAAGCCGGACUGAACUACUACCAAAGAUUACUGGAUGCUCUUGAAGCUGCUAAUAUUCAGCCCCAGGUGACCCUGUACCACUGGGAUCUCCCCCAGGCUCUAGAAAAUGUUGGAGGUUGGUUGAAUGAGACCAUCGUCCAGAGAUACCGAGAUUAUGCCGAUGUUUUGUUCAGCCGACUUGGAAACAGAGUGAAGUUCUGGAUCACUCUAAACGAACCCUACAUUGUGGCCAACCUUGGUUAUGGAUAUGGUUCCUUUGCACCAGGCAUCACGGGAAAGCAUUAUAUCGCAGCUCACAACCUGAUCAAGGCCCACGCUGAGGCCUGGCACCUCUACAAUGACAAGUACAGAGCAACACAGGGUGGCCUCAUCUCCAUUACUGUCAAUUCUGACUGGGCGGAGCCGAGGAACAAAUACAUGCAGGCUGAUGUGGAUGCAGUCGACCGCUAUUUGCAGUUCUUCCUUGGCUGGUUUGCCCAUCCCAUCUUCAACGGUGACUAUCCUGAAGUAAUGAGAACAAUCAUUCGCCAAAGAAGCCUUGCUGCAGGUCUCCCUGAAUCACGGCUUCCUGAGUUCACCCCUGAGGAAAUCAAGAGGAUCAAAGGGACUCACGAUUUUUUUGGCCUCAACCAUUACUGCUCAGUGCUUGCAUUCGGAUAUACGCCGGGUGAUAUACAGGAUUAUGACUCUGACAGGGCUGCUGCAGCAAUGGCCGACCGCACCUGGCCUGAAACUGGCUCCGUCUGGUUAAGGAUCACUCCAUUUGGAAUCAGGAAACUCCUCAAGUACAUCAAGGAUGAGUAUGGAAAUCCACCCAUCUACAUCACAGAGAAUGGAGUCUCAGAAAAUGGAGUGGUGGACUUGAAUGACGUCCACAGAAAGUACUUCUAUGAAAACUACAUUAACCAGGCUCUGAAAGCUGUUGUUCUGGACGGAGUUGAUCUGCGAGGCUACACAGCCUGGUCCUUGAUGGACAACUUCGAGUGGGCUUCUGGGUACUCUGAGCGAUUUGGACUUUUCUACGUGAACCGCUCCGACCCCGCUCUUCCUCGCAUCCCUAAAAACUCAGCCUCUCGUUACGCAACCAUCAUCAACUGCAAUGGCUUCCCAGACCCGGCCCUCGGGCCCCAUGAGUGUUUGAACCUUGAAUCUGCAGCAACAAGCACUCCCACACCAGAUCACACUGCACAUACAGCUGUCCCUGUGCUGCCCCCGAACAUGGUGGACUUCCUGGGUCUGAAACUCACACCUCAGGACGCUGAAGUCGGACUUUAUGUCACUUUUUCAUUCCUUCUUGUGAGUGUACUUGGUAUGAUCUUUGUUGUGUAUCGGCUCCUGAAAACAAGGAAGAAUUCAAAGGCAGCUCUAGCAGAAUCUGUGAAGUUGCAGAGAAUUGGCUCGCUCAGUUCCAAAAACACAGACAAUAUGACAUUACUGGGGCGACUUGUCCCUCUGUGUUUACUAAGUUUGUGUGGGUGCAUGUGCCAGGACCAUGAUGAUCCUCCACCGGCCAUGUUUCUUGCAGGUCCUCUGAUCAACAAUGGAGAACCCUCCAAAGGAGCAGACCCUUUUGACUGCAGUCAUCCCAUUCCUCCAGGAUCAUGGCAGUACUUUGAGUCCCUCCAGAGCAGAGGGGUGACCCACUUCAAAGUCCCGCUGUCAUGGGCUCAUCUUCUACCUACAGGCCAGUCCAGUCAGCCCCAGCAGGCUGUGGUUGCCUGUUACCAGACCCUCCUGAAACAGCUGCUGGACGUGGGCCUCCAGCCUCUGGUCGUCCUUCAUGGAUCCACAGUGCCAGAAGCUCUGAGAUCAACGUACGGAGGCUGGGAGAGCCAGGAGCUGAGAGAGAUGUUCCAACAGUACGCUGAGUUUGUAUUCAGAGAGUUUGGACAGCUGUCAGACUCCUGGGUGACACUGAGCAGCCUGGAUGAGCUGAGGGAUGCUGAGCUGCAAAACGCUCUUGAUGCACACUCCAGCGUCUACCGCCGUUACCACCAGCUGUUUCCUGGGAAAGAUGGAGGAGUAUCAGUUGGUGUGAAGGCCAGAAACGUCCCAGUCAUCUGUGACACUCAGCUACUGAAAUAUACAGAUUUCCUCGCUGUUAAAAUUCAAUAUGACUGCACCAAUGGAAAAAACCUGGCAGAGGAACUGCAAAAUGUUUUGGCAAAGUGUGGAGAGAAACCCAUUCUCUUUUAUGAGGUGAACAUCAAUGACUGUGCCCCUUCUGAGUUCCUGUCAGAUACCAAAGUCUCAAAAGCACUGAGCAGUGGAGACCACAAUCUUCUUGGAUUCGACAUGGAAAAUAUGUUCGCUCCAGAUGAUAAUUUUCCAAAAAGUCGUUCACCCCAAAGUGACAAAUACAUAAAAGAUCUUCAAACAUCAUGUUUAACGACCUACUGCAAAACCUGGAGCAAUUUUGUGACCCUGACGUCAUUCGAGCGAGAUGCCUUCUUGAAUGAAUCCUUUCCUAUUGGCUUCCAGUGGGCCACCUCCACCGAGUCCUUCAAGGUUGAAGGAGGCUGGUUAGAAGGUGGGAAGGGAGAGACCAUCUGGGACCGUUUUGGUCAUGAAAACAAGGUUUUUGACAAUCAAACAGCCGAUUUAGCUUGUGACAGUUACCACAAGGUGGAUUAUGACCUCUAUCUGCUGCGAGGUCUUCAAGUCAACACCUACCAGUUUUCUAUCUCCUGGGCCCGUAUCUUCCCCUCAGGCUACAGAGACAGCCAUUCAGAGAAAGGGGCUCUGUACUAUGACAAGCUGAUCGAUGCCCUCAAUGAGUCUGGCAUACAACCUGUUGUCACUCUCUACCACUGGGACCUGCCUCAGGCACUCCAGGACAAAGGUGGAUGGACCAGCGCUUUCAUUGUUGAGGCCUUCAAGGACUACGCAGACUUCUGCUUCUCCAGGUUUGGAGACAAGGUCAAGACCUGGAACACAUUCAGCAGCCCCUGGGUGGUGAGCCAUGCUGGGUAUGGCACUGGUGAGCAUCCCCCUGAAGUAAAAGACUAUGUGGUUGCCUCCUAUCAGGUCACUCACAAUAUGCUGAAGGCCCAUGCCGAGGCCUGGCAUGUCUACAAUGACAAGUACAGGAAGACACAGGGAGGGGAAGUAGGCAUUGCGCUGAACUCAGACUGGGCUGAGCCCAUGGACCCCUCCAGACCUGAAGACAUAGUGGCUGCAGAUCGCUACCUGCAGUUCAUGCUGGGCUGGUUUGCACAUCCUAUAUUUGUGGAUGGAGAUUAUCCUGCAACACUCAAAAUUCAGAUAGAGCAGAAAAAAAACAAGUGCCCCCUCUCUGCUCCUGCAACACUUCCCGUUUUUACCCCUGAGGAGAAAAAGAGGAUAAAAGGAACAGCAGACUUUUUUGGAUUAAACCACUAUACCUCCCGGCUGAUCAAAAGCAGUGAUGGUGGCUGCACCCCUGGUCCUCAGGGGGUAGGUGACUUCCAGGCACAUGUUGACCCUUCAUGGCCCUCGACUGCUUCUGACUGGAUCUAUUCUGCACCUUGGGGUCUUCGGAGGCUUCUAAACUACAUUUCAAAAGAGUACUUGACUGUUACUAAAGUGCCUAUCCAUAUAACUGGUAAUGGUAUGCCGACUGAGUACAGUGGGGACACUCUCAAUGAUACCCAACGAGUAGAGUACAUGAAGGGCUACAUCAAUGAGGCCCUGAAAGCUAUACACUUGGAUAUGGUAAAUGUGCUGCGUUUUACUGUCCAGUCACUCAUGGAUGGCUUUGAAGGUCCACAAGGUUACAGUGAACGUUUUGGAUUACAUCAUGUUAUGUUUGACCUGCCUGACAGACCUAGGACCCCAAAGCAGUCUGCCUACUUUUACUCCAAAGUUAUUGAGAACAAUGGUUUUGCCUCCAAAAAUCUUUAUGUGCCAGAAUUUAUAAACAUGGUGCCAAAUAGACUUCCCUCACUCCCACCAUCUACAGUCCCAUCAGAUGCCAAGAUAGUUUGGUGGAAAUUCUCCAGCCAAACAGAUUUUCAGAGAAAACUUUAUCACUAUGGCACUUUCCCACAAGGUUUCAGUUGGGGAGUAUCGUCUUCUGCUUACCAGAUUGAAGGAGCCUGGAACACUGAUGGGAAGGGGCCCAGUGUCUGGGAUACAUUCACCCAAAAACCUGGUAGUAUUCCUGCUAAUGCAAAUGGAGACGUGGCCUGUGACAGCUAUAACAGACUUGAAGAAGACCUCUACAUGCUUCGAGCUCUGAAGGUAAAUUCAUACAGAUUCUCUUUGUCCUGGUCCAGGAUCUUUCCUAAUGGUCGGCGUGCUUCCCUGAACCAGAAAGGUGUUGACUACUACAACAGACUCAUUGAUGGCCUCAUGCUGUACAAUAUCACUUCCAUGGUGACACUCUACCAUUGGGACCUCCCUCAAGCUUUGCAAGAAAUUGGUGGCUGGGACAAUUUAGACAUGAUUAACAUUUUUAAUGAGUUUUGUGACUUUUGCUUUGCCACCUUUGGAGACCGAGUGAAAUUUUGGUUAACCUUCAACCAGCCUCAAACAAUUGUCUGGUCAGGAUAUGGACUUGGAAAGAUCCCACCAAAUGUUAAGAAUCCAGGAGUAGCACCGUAUAGAGUUGCACACAACCUCAUAAAAGCCCACGCCAAGGUUUACCACACAUAUGAUGAUAAGUAUCGCAAAACCCAAGGAGGUCUCGUAUCCAUUGGCCUCAAUGCUGAUUGGGUUGAACCUGAAGAUGUUAAUGUUCCCCGUGAAGUGGUGGCUGCUGACCGCGCUCUGCAGUUUCAACUGGGUUGGUUUGCACACCCCAUUUUCAAGACUGGUGACUAUCCUGAUGCAAUGAAGUGGCAAGUUGGAAACAAAAGUGAGCUCCAAGGUCUUCCAGAGACAAGACUCCCCUCCUUUACCGAAGAAGAAAAGAACUUCAUCAAGGGAACUGCUGAUGUGUUCUGUGUAAAUCAUUAUACUACAAAGAUAGUCGGCCAUGUUGCAGCUUGGCUAAGCCCUCCAUCUUAUGAAUCUGACCGGGACGUGACAGAAACAGAGGAAACAGAUUCACCUACUACUGCCAUCAGUGGGCAGAGAGCUGUAGCAUGGGGAUUGAGAAGACUUCUCAACUGGAUCAAAGAAGAAUAUGGAGAUCCAGAGAUUUACAUUACGGAGAAUGGAGUAGCCACAGAUAACAAUGUUGAUGACACAGAAAGAGUAUUUUACUACAAAACCUAUAUUGAUGAGGCUUUGAAGGCUCAUAAUCUUGAUGGUGUGAAGGUGAAAGGAUACAUCGCAACAUCACUCAUGGAUUCUUUUGAGUGGCUCAGUGGUUACACAGUAAACUUUGGGCUGCACCAAGUCAACUUUGAAGACCCAAACCGGCCGAGGACACCCAAGCGUUCUGCUCACUAUUAUUACCAAGUCAUUAAGGACAAUGGCUUCCCAAUAACAGAUGAUGAGAAGGUACUUUAUGGACAGUUUCCCAAAACCUUCCAUUGGAGUACCGCCAGUGCUGCUUACCAGAUUGAAGGGAGCUGGAGAGCUGACGGAAAGGGACUGAGCAUCUGGGACAAGUUUUCCCACACCCCUCUGAGAACGAACGAUGGUGAAAAUGCCGAUAUUGCUUGUGACAGUUACAACAAGAUUGAUGAGGAUGUGGAGGUGCUGAAGAAGCUGAGGGUGACCCACUAUCGCUUCUCUGUAUCCUGGCCCAGAGUGCUUCCUGAUGGCACCAACAACCACAUCAACGAAGCUGGACUGAACUACUACCAUAGAUUAUUGGAUGCCCUGGAAGCUGCUAAUAUUCAGCCCCAGGUGACCCUGUACCACUGGGAUCUCCCCCUGGCUCUACAAAAAGUCGGAGGUUGGGAGAAUGAGACCAUCGUCCAGAGAUACCGAGAUUAUGCCGAUGUUUUAUUUAGCCGACUUGGAAACAGAGUGAAGUUCUGGAUCACUCUAAACGAACCCUACAUUAUAGCCAACCUUGGUUAUGGAUAUGGUACCUUUGCACCAGGCAUUUUCAGAAAGCAAUAUAUCGCAGCUCACAACCUGAUCAAGGCCCACGCUGAGGCCUGGCACCUCUACAACGACAAGUACAGAGCAACACAGGGUGGCCUCAUCUCCAUUACCAUCAAUUCAGACUGGACAGAGCCGAGGAACCCACACAAGCAGGAGGAUGUGGAUGCAGCCAACCGCUAUUUGCAGUUCUUCCUUGGCUGGUUUGCCCAUCCCAUCUUCAAAGGUGACUAUCCUGAAGUAAUGAGAACAAUCAUUCGCCAAAGAAGCCUUGCUGCAGGUCUGCCUGAGUCAAGGCUUCCUGAGUUCACCCCUGAGGAAAUCAAGAGGAUCAAAGGGACUCACGAUUACUUUGGCCUCAACCAUUACUGCUCAGUGCUUUCACACCCAGUGGAUUUGGGUAACCAACAGGAUUAUGAAGGUGACAGGGGCACUGUAGUAAGCCAUGACCGCACCUGGAUUGGAUCUGGCUCCUUCUGGUUAAAGAUCACUCCAUUUGGAUUCAGGAAACUCCUGAAGUUCAUCAAGGAUGAGUAUGGAAAUCCACCCAUCUACGUCACAGAGAACGGCGUCUCAGAACGAGGAGCGGUUGAUUUGAAUGAUGUCCCAAGAACAUACUUCUAUGAAAACUACAUUAACCAGGCUCUGAAAGCGAUUGUUCUGGACGGAGUUGAUCUGCGAGCCUACACAGCCUGGUCCUUGAUGGACAACUUUGAGUGGGCUGCUGGUUUCUCUGAGCAAUUUGGACUUUUCUACGUGAACCGCUCCGACCCCGCUCUUCCUCGCAUCCCUAAAAACUCAGCCUCUCGUUACGCAACCAUCAUCAACUGCAAUGGCUUCCCAGACCCGGCCCUCGGGCCCCAUGAGUGUUUGAACCUUGAAUCUACAGCAACAAGCACUCCCACACCAGAUCACACUGCACAUACAGCUGUCCCUGUGCUGCCCCCGAACAUGGUGGACUUCCUGGGUCUGAAACUCACACCUCAGGACGCUGAAGUCGGACUUUAUGUCACUUUUUCAUUCCUUCUUGUGAGUGUACUUGGUAUGAUCUUUGUUGUGUAUCGGCUCCUGAAAACGAGAAAGAGUUCAAAGACAGCUUCAGCAGAAUCUGUUAACAUGGAUAGAAUGUGAGGACACUUGUGGAGGGAAGUGAAAACUGUGUAAAUCAAGUUGUUGGCAGCUUUUCUAAAUGGCUGCUGAGCAGAAUAAAUGUGAAUGUUCUAUUUUUCUUACAUCAAUAUAGAGAAAUGUUGGGGGUUUUUUUCCCAAAAAUGAGAUGUUUAUUGAGACACUUGAAGAUAACAGCAUUAUUUCAAGAAUUUAAUAAUUCUUAGUGAUGUAAAGAAAUUGUAAUUUUGUUUGGCAAACUGCUGAAUGAAUUGGUAACAAUGCUUUUCCUCCAUAACAUUGUUGUAAUGUGUAUUGUUUGUAACAGUUUUUAAAAGACAUGCAGUUACUCUGACCAUGUCUGUGCCUGUAUCUCAUUGCUACGCUGAAAAACAAAUCUGUAAAUACUGGAUUCAGGGAUGUUUUCAAUUUAAAUAAAGAUUAUUCCUUCAA